AUGAGUCGAAAAUUUACCCCCAUUAAGGAUGUUAACGAUUCAAAGGAAACUUGGAGAUUGGCCGUUCGAGUUGUUGAUCUAUGGAGUGUUAUCAACAGCAAGGGUAAUGAGCAUAUGGAGAUGGUUAUAAUGGACGCAUUGGGUGAUAGGAUACAAGUUUUGAUUCGUUCUGACCAUACACCGAAAUGGAAAGAACGAAUACGUGAAAACAUGUCUUGCAUAAUCAACAAUGGAACUGUUUAUGAUAACGAUUUUCAGUGGAAGCUUUGUGAUCAUGACAAGAAGUUUGUGUUUAUUGGUGGUACGACUGUGAAGGAAGUUGAUAUUCAGAACCUUCCUCCCAAAAGAUUUUUUUUCAAAGACUUUACUGAUAUUCUUGGAGGCAAUAAUAUUAUUGGUGUAGUUCAGGAAAUCAACAAUUUUCAAUAUAACAAUUCUGGAAAAAAGUCAUUUGUUUCAUUGAGUCUUAAAGACUUGAAAGGUGUCAUCGUUAACUGCACAUUAUGGGAGAGCUACGGAACAAAUUUUUUGGAUUUCUACCAUGAUGAAAAAAACAGUGGUGCUAUUGUAAUUGUACUAACUCAUGUAAUGAUAAAGGAAUCACAAGGUGUGUAUCAACAAAAUCCUAUUAUUAAGCUGUUACCUGCAAAUGAGCAGACUGAAAAGCCUUCGCAGUCUUCAAAGGGUGUGUCUCUUUGGUCUGGUGCCUCUCAAUUCACCCCAGUUGAAAGUUUCGUCCAUAAGGCCAAAUGUAUAUCUCUGAGUGACCUCUGCAAGGUGAAACAGGACAUGUUAUGUGUUACUGUUGGAACAACUCAAAAGUUUUUUGUCUCAAAACAUGGUUGGUUUUAUUAUGGAUGUACUAAAUGUUCUUUAAAGGCAUCUGAUGUGAAAAAUCCAUACAAAUGUUCAUGUGGUCAGAAUGUAGAACAUGCCAUACCAAGGGCUAAAGUUCAGCCAACAUUUGGCCAAGCAUCUGUUUGGAAACUUUCUUAUGAUGAAGAAUUUGUCAAGGAGAUUGAGAAAGAUUAUAUUACUAAUGAAGGGGAUAGCAAACCUUUAACCCAAAACCUAGUCGUUGAUCGUGUCGAUGAUUCCAUUGAGUCAUUGUCUGCAUACGGAGAAAAUGAUCCUGAUAAAGUUGUGACCAAUACUCCAUCUAAAGGAAGUCCCGUUACUCUUGAUGCUGGAGAUUCUGAAUGUCAACCUUAUGGAACUACUAAACUUUCAGGAACAAAACCUUCAAAGAAAGUGAAGAUUGAAUCAAAUGUCUGA